AUGCUUCUCCUCCUAUUCUCAAUCCUCAUCCUGAUCCUCUUCUUCAAUGCUAAAUCCCUCCCACUCGUCUACUCCUUCCAACUACUCCCCUCCCUUUACCGAAUCCUGCAACCCCGCAACGCUCAACGCCCCAAAGAGCUCGUAUCCCCGCACCCAAUCAACACUCCAAAUCUCUUCUAUCCAGCCCUACCCAGCCUCUUCCGCCCCCACACAAGCCAAACCCACUGCCCCCUGCCGGAAAUCGACCUGAACCUACACAAAAGCAACAGCACUUUCUUCACAGAUGCGGAUCUCAGCCGCGCCCGCCUCCUCAGUCGCCUCCUUGGGCCGGCCUUGGCGUCGCUCGGCGGCAUGCCCAUGCUAGCUGCAGUGCAGGCGCGGUUCCUGCGUGAAAUUCGCCCCUUUCAACGCUAUUGCGUGACUACUCGGAUCCUGGCGUGGGAUCAGCGGUCGUUGUGGACGGUUACGUAUUUUUUGAGGAGGGAAGUGUAUAGGGGAAUGAGGGAGGUGGACCUUGAUGGAGGACCCACGGCCGUGUUGACGGAUUGGAAUAUCCGCAAGGGGGUGUUGGCUGUGCUGGUUAGUAGGUAUGUGGUCAAGGCUGGGAAGGUUACUGUGCCUCCUGUGGAGGUCUUUAAGCGGGCGGGAUUGUUGGUUGACGAUGAUGAUAAUUGCAUUACUCAAAAUGAUGGGGAUAGGUCUGUUAGUAGUGUUGAGGAGAAAGAGGGGGAUUCGCUGGUGGGAGAGGGGGGUAAGAACUGCAGGAGCAUCGACGCUAGAAUCCAGCCGAAGGAUGAAGAGGUCUGGCCUGCAGACCGUGUGAAGGAGAUGAUUGGGUCUGCGAUGGAGUUCAUCGGAGAAUGCAUGUUGUAA